UGCCACAGGCUUACCACACGCUCCUUCGGGAUUUUAUUUUAUUUUUUAGCCUCUUCAGUCUUGCAGGUACAUGACAGCUGUAUGAAAAACCGCAAAGACGAAAGAAGAUUCAUCUGAAUGUCUCCAUCUCAACAUCCGCUAUGCUGAACGAUGUAACUCGUCGCGAGGGUUUGAUGACGGGCUGAAGCGGGGAUGAUGUGGAGCUGUCCGCGGUGCUGAACUGCCGCUGACCGCGGUGCUGAAAUCGAGCUCAUCAGACCCACAGCGACAUUCAUCGACGUGAAUGCAAGACCAGCGGAGGACAUUCACAUCUAGCCAUCGUGGAAAGGAUGAGGAGGGAUUUCAUGCCCACUCUGCUGCUCAUAUUGAGCUGUUUUGGAGCGUCGUGGGUCUUGGCUGAAAGUUUGGCUGCUCCAGUAAACGUGUCCAUCAGAGAUCUAAAGGGCAGCUCUGCUGUGGUGACAUGGGACAUCCCAGAUGGGGAGCCAGUCAUCGGCUUCGCCAUCACACAACAGAAAAAAGAUGUUCGCAUGCUGCGCUUUAUCCAAGAAGUAAACACUACCACACAGAGUUGUGCAUUGUGGGAUCUGGAGGCAGAUACGGACUAUAUAAUACAUGUCCAGUCUAUCAGUACAAGCGGGACGAGUCCCCUCAGUGAACCGCUGCAUUUCAAAACCCCCAAAGAUGCUGAAACACAGGCCUCCAAGAGCAAAGAUGAAGUGACCAUGGAAGAAGUGGGUCAGAACGCUCAGCUCCGGGCAGUAGAGCUCGUCAUCAUUGUUGUGGUUCUGAUCAUGUGGGCAGGUGUGAUCGCGCUCUUCUGCCGUCAGUACGACAUCAUCAAAGACAACGAGCCCAACAAUAACAAGGAUAAAGCCAAGAACUCGUCUGAAUGCAGCACCCCUGAGCAUUCAUCAGGUGGCCUGCUGCGCAGUAAAGUAUAACCGCUGCCCUGUGAGAGUUCAGACCACGCAGGCAGUUCUCCAAGAACAACAACAAUAACCGAACGCAACCUGUGAACAAGAUCAAAGGGUGACAGGAAUGGUUUCUGCUUCAAUGGAUUCUGCUUUUACCACAUGGCUACAGAGGCCAUAUGUGCGCAUCCUCAAAACAGGAAGUAGGAAUAUUGGAAGUUUCCUGAAAUUGGCUGGAAUAAUCCGGCCAGCACAGUGAGCAUCUGAAAGAGAGGCCAGAAAAGUGAACUUUCACACAGGCCCGCUAUUUCUGCAGCAGUUUGGAGAUAAGACCAAAUCUGUGGCUUUUCGAGACAAGAGAAAACCCUCUGAAAGAAACUUUUAAACUGCUGAGCUUUGCUCCUUUAUCUGGUUUUCUCUUUUGCCCAGUUCAAAUGGCUUGAUCCAUAUUCAUCUCAAUUGUUAAGAAGGCUUUUAUAACAAGGUAACUAGUAAGCCUCUAAAUACAGAAAAUAUAUUUCCAGCUGACAAAAAAAAAAAAAAAAGUUCUAGGAACAUUUUGCUAACAUUCCUGUUACGAAAAUGUUACAUCUGUUCUCUAAAGUUUUGUGGGGUUACAAGAACACUAAGGGAACAUUCCAUUUUAGAAUUUUGCAAACAUUGUUACUUUUGAAUGUUCUCUGAACACAUAAGGCUUAAGAAUCUUGGAAUAUUCAAAUGGCUUCGCUUCUCAAAAGGGAGAGAAGCGUUCAUCCAGAGAAUAUAGGUGACUUAUUUUGGACUGGUUGAAAUGAUUUGACAGAGAGAUGAAAGAAUGUUGUGGAAUAAUUUAACUGACAGUUCUCAUUCCAGCAUAAUGAGAAGACUUUUACUUCUGUUUCUGAUUGUGUUGUUGUUGUUUACACCUGCAGAGAAACUUGACAAACCAAACUGGUAUAAUAAACCAGCAGUACUGGGGGAGAUAUUUUAAAACUGUAAGCCACUCCUAAUUUAAAAUAGAUGGAGUUUAGAAAAAGAUACUCUUAAAAAAAUGUAGUUAGUUACACUUUAAUUUUUUUUUAAUCAGAUCUAUAUUUGUUCAGGCACAAAAACAAAGAGGAGUUGUAACGACUAAAUGAAUGCUCCCAAUUAGAGCAACUAUAAACAGACAAAUUUACAUUAAAUAUGACCAGAAUUUACUAAUUUAUAUAGCCAAGCUGAAAAAAUUAACAGCAACAUUUAACAAAAUAUUUCACUAUUUAAAAGAUACAUAAAUGCUAUGCAUUUUAAUCUGAAUGAAAUCAGACACUGCAAUGUUAGGAGAGCAUGUUUGAUUAUUACAGUAUUUCAGUGGGUGAUAAUGUUCAGGUUUACUGCCUUGCUACUACUAAAGAGGACCUUGUUUUUGGAUAAGCUAUUAAAACCAGCUGAACAACACUCCAAAAAAUAUUGAUGUUAAAAUUUAAGAUUUUUUAAUUACAUAUAAAAUGUCUGUCCAUUUGGAUUACACAAUUUUAACAUCAACAAACGAAUAAAGCUGCAUAUCUGUCACUCGUAGAUAAAGGAAACAGGUCAGAUUUCUGUAAUAGUACUAAUAAACUGAUACAAAAUACUAGAUUCAGUGUAUCUUCAAUAAAUCCAAUUUAAUCUCAUACAUUUUGCAACUAACUGCCUGUUCCACAUCUAGACGUAUUUAAAUGAUGUUCAUAACUAAAUACAUUUUCCCAAUGAACAAAUGUAUGCUGAUUUUAAGCAAUUGAAAAUAU